AGUAUCCUUACCAAUGUGUUCGCUUUUCUCUCCCUUAUUUGUCUGGGUGUGUGUCUCUCCCUGCACCCUCCCCCUGCCUUAAUUAUAUUAUUCCCCGUACUUGGAAGCCUCUGCCUGAGCUGACGCUUUGAUGGUAUCUGCAAGCGCUGGUGCUGAUCUAUUUCUGCCCCCUGAAUAUUAAUUCCUGAAUCUGGUAGCAAUACAUCUCCCCAGUGACGGGACCUACUAGAGGCAGGGGGCGGGGGGAGCCACCAUCGGAUCAUAAGCAUAAUAAUAAUACAAAGGGGAGGGAUUCUUCUGCAAGAAGCAAGAGGCGAGAGUGAAAAGAAAAAAAAAAAAAAAAAAGGCGAUGAGUUCGCCAAAUAUGUGGAGCACAGGAAGCUCAGUCUACUCGACUCCUGUAUUUUCACAGAAAAUGACGGCGUGGAUUCUGCUCCUGCUAUCAUUCUACCCGGGCUUUACUAGCCAAAAAUCUGAUGAUGACUAUGAAGAUUAUGCUUCUAACAAAACAUGGGUCUUGACUCCAAAAGUUCCUGAGGGCGAUGUCACUGUCAUCUUAAACAACCUGCUGGAAGGAUAUGACAAUAAACUGCGACCUGAUAUAGGAGUAAAACCAACCUUAAUUCAUACAGACAUGUAUGUGAAUAGCAUUGGUCCAGUGAACGCUAUCAAUAUGGAAUAUACAAUUGACAUAUUUUUUGCCCAAACAUGGUAUGACAGACGCUUGAAAUUUAACAGCACCAUUAAAGUCCUCCGACUGAAUAGCAACAUGGUGGGGAAAAUCUGGAUUCCAGAUACUUUCUUCAGAAACUCCAAAAAGGCUGAUGCACACUGGAUAACCACUCCCAAUAGGAUGCUGAGAAUCUGGAAUGAUGGUCGGGUGCUCUACACUCUAAGGUUGACAAUUGAUGCUGAGUGCCAAUUACAGUUGCACAACUUUCCAAUGGACGAACACUCCUGCCCGCUGGAGUUCUCCAGUUAUGGCUAUCCACGUGAAGAAAUUGUUUAUCAAUGGAAGCGUAGUUCUGUUGAAGUGGGUGACACAAGAUCUUGGAGGCUUUAUCAAUUUUCAUUUGUUGGACUGAGAAACACCACGGAUGUAGUGAAGACAACUUCUGGUAAGAUUCACUUGAAAAGAAUUCUGAGGGAUACUUCCAAAGUUAAAAUUCUGGUGUAUAUGAUUCAGAAAGCUUGUCAAUAUGUGUCUACAAAUGAUCUUCAGAAAAUUAAAUGA